AUGGAGAGAUUUACCCAAUUUCGCGAUCGAGGAACGGGUGUCUCACCCUUCUUCCCGACUCCUCGUCCAUCGCUCAGCUACCCUCAGUGGAUACUACGAAUCUUCCUCUUCUGCGUCCGUCUCCCGUUCUUCAUACCCGUCUGCAUCGGCUACUUCCUGCUUUUUCAAUGGCUCCCGAUCACAUCGCUGGGAAGGAAGGCCGCUCUGUGGUGUAUCCUAGGCGUGCCCAGCAUCUGGUGGGUUGAUCUUCAAGUGGACGGAGUGAGGAAAGGAACUCUCAACAACGACCGGCACCAGAACCGUCUACCCGGGCCCGGAUCCAUCAUUGCCUCCUCCUUCACCUCCCCAAUUGACGCGCUCUACCUAGCCGCUGUAUUUGACCCUAUCUUCGUGUCCUGUUAUCCCUCCACACGCGAAGUCGAACAACUAUCCGUCUGGCAAGCAAUUCUUCGCGCCUUCGCUCUCCCGCAAGCAAAACCCCAGCCCAAAGCCCGUACCGUCGAUCUAAAAACCAUCAUGCGGAAGUACCCCGGCCGCCCUAUUGCCUUGUUCCCUGAGUGCACGACCACCAACGGACAGGGCGUGUUGCCGCUGAGCCCCGUGCUGGCGAGCGCUCCUCACAAGACGAAGAUCUUCCCUGUGGCUUUGCGGUAUGAGCCUAAAGACGUGGUGACUCCGGUCCCCGGGUCGUAUAUUACUUUCCUGUGGAGUCUGCUGGGUCGACCGACGCAUUACAUUAAGGUGCGCAUUGGACAGGCAGUCGUGGGUGUCGCUGCGGAUGAACUGCCAACGCAUGACGCUACCAUGUUUGAUCCUAGUGCUUCGGAAAACGGAUACCCUCAUGACCGAGACGAUGAACGGCCCUUCAGUGAGACUUCCGUGAUGGUGCUCGAAGAGCAGGUGCCGAACUAUGUAGGGGAUUCGCUGGCUCGCCUUGGCAGAGCCAGACGUGUAGCCGUGACGGCGCCGCAAAAGUUGGAAUUUGUGAAGUUGUGGAAGAAGUCAUAUUGGACAUGGUAA